CAUGCUCAGUACCAAGGACUCGGGUUGGCCUCCUAGGCGGAAGCGGGUCCCUGAGAGUUUGUGUGUUCUUCCCAGGGUUCUCCGCGCUACCGUUAUGGUCGCCUCCUUGUGCCGGUGUCCGCACAUGGGGUUCUAGGGCUGUGGAUGUGCUUACAGGAACUGUCGCCACUACUCUUCGACGUCUUUGGACCCUCUUCCUUUCACUUUCUUUUGUUGACUCCUGUGUGACCCUCGUAGGACUCUGUUUUGGUUGCACCGAUAUCUGAGGUGAUGUGGACCCCGGAGCUGGCCCUACUGAGGGGCUUCCCCACUGAGGCUGAGCUGCAGCAGUGGAAGCAAGAGGGAGUCGCCGGUUCGGAGAGUGGAUCUUUCCUACAAUUGCUGCUAGAAGGGAACUAUGAGGCCAUAUUCUUAAAUUCAUUGACUCAAAGUAUUUUAAAUUCAGCAACGAUGACUGAAGAAAAGAUUGACAGCUACCUAGAGAAGCAGAUAGUAACAUUCCUGGAUUACUCAACAGAUUUGGACAAAACCAGAAGACAACAGCUGAUAUUCCUACUUGGUGUGAGCAGUUUGCAACUUUUUGUUCAGAGUAACUGGACGGGGCCUCUUGUUGAUUUACACCCUCAGGAUUUUUUGCCGUCUGUUUUGUUCCAGCAGUUUAGUGAGGUCAAAGGACUGGAUGCACUCGUUCUGAGUUUGCUCAUUCUAGAUGGUGAAUCAAUCUACAACCUGACCUUGAAGCCUAUACUGCUAUUAUUAGCACGAAUUUCCCUAGUGAAUGUAAGACAUAGGCUGACAGCUAUUCAGAGCUUGCCAUGGUGGACUUUGAGAUGUGUGAAUAUUCACCAGCAAUUGCUUGAGGAACGCUCACCUCAGCUCUUUGCUCUUGCUGAAGACUGUAUUGAUCAAGUGAUGAAACUAGAGGAUCUGUUUGUAGAUGAUUCAGGUCGAUAUUUGGCUGUUCAGUUCCAUCUGGAAUGUGCAUAUAUAUUUUUAUAUUAUUAUGAAUAUAAAAAAGCAAAAGAUCAGUUCAAUAUUGCUAAAGAGAUCUGCAGAUUACAAAUUGAUUUGACAGGUGCUUUGGGAAAAAGGACACGGUUCCAGGAAAAUUACGUGGCCCAACUUAUUCUAGAUGUAAGAAGGGAAGGAGCUGUGUUUUCAAAUUAUGAAUUCACUCCAGCACCCACUCCUCAGGAAUAUUUAACCAAGAAUAUUGAGCUCAAUGAUGAUACUGUUCUAAAUGAGAUAAAGUUAGCAGAUUGUGAACAGUCUCAGAUGCCUGACCUGUGUGCUGAAGAGCUUGCUGUUAUCCUUGGAAUCUGCACAAAUCUCCAAAAGAAUAACCCAGUGCAUAAGUUAACUGAAGAGGAGCUGCUGGCAUUUACAUCCUGUUUGCUUUCACAACCCAAGUUCUGGGCCAUUCAGACAUCAGCUUUGAUCCUCCGGACAAAACUUGAGAGAGGAAGCACACGCCGAGUGGAACGGGCAAUGAGGCAGACACAGGCUCUUGCAGACCAAUUUGAAGAUAAGACUACGUCUGUAUUGGAACGUCUGAAGAUUUUCUAUUGCUGUCAAGUGCCACCUCAUUGGGCCAUUCAGCGCCAGCUUGCAAGUCUACUCUUUGAGUUGGGAUGUACCAGUUCAGCCCUUCAGAUAUUUGAGAAGCUAGAAAUGUGGGAAGAUGUUGUCAUUUGUUAUGAAAGAGCUGGGCAGCAUGGGAAGGCAGAAGAAAUCCUCAGGCAAGAGCUGGAGAAAAAAGAAACACCAAGUCUAUACUGCUUGCUUGGAGAUGUCCUUCGAGAGCACUCUUACUACGACCAGGCCUGGGAGUUGUCUCAGCACCGCAGUGCUCGCGCCCAGCGCUCCAAAGGCCUCCUCCAUCUGCGAAGCAAAGAGUUUAAAGAAUGUGUGGAGUGCUUUGAACGCUCGGUGAAGAUUAAUCCCAUGCAGCUCGGGGUGUGGUUUUCUCUGGGCUGUGCCUAUCUGGCCUUGGAAGACUAUGGAGGUUCAGCAAGGGCAUUUCAGCGCUGUGUGACUCUAGAACCUGACAACGCUGAAGCUUGGAACAAUUUAUCAACUUCUUAUAUCCGAUUAAAACAAAAAGUGAAAGCUUUUAGAACUUUACAAGAAGCCCUCAAGUGCAACUAUGAACAUUGGCAGAUCUGGGAAAACUAUAUUCUCACUAGCACUGACAUUGGGGAAUUUUCAGAAGCCAUUAAUGCUUAUCAUCGGCUCUUGGACUUAAGAGACAAAUACAAAGAUACUCAGGUCCUUACAGUUCUGGUCAGGGCAGUGAUGGAUGGGAUGGCUGAUCGUAGUGGAGAUGUUGCAUCUGGCCUCAGAGGAAAGCUGCAGGAGCUGUUUGGCAGAGUAACUUCAAGAGUGACGAACGACGGAGAAAUCUGGAGGCUAUAUGCCCAAGUGUGUGGAAAUGGGCAGAGUGACAAGCCUGAUGAAAAUGAAAAGGCGUUCCAGUAUCUCUCUAAGGCAUACAAGUGUGACACACAGUCCAGUUGUUGGGAGAAAGAUAUUACAUCAUUUAAGGAAGUGGUUCAGAGAGCCUUAGGACUCGCACAUGUGGCUAUAAAAUGCAGUAGAAGCAAAUCCAGUCCCCAAGAGGCUAUACAAGUGCUUUCUUCAGUGCGACUCAAUUUACGGGGCUUGUUAUCUAAAGCAAAGCAACUUUUUACAGAUGUGGUAAGUGGAGAAAUUUCCAGGGAGUUAGCUGAUGAAACAGCAGCAAUGGACACCUUAGUAACAGAGCUUCAAGACCUAAGCAACCAAUUUCGAAAUCAGUAUUGACCAUCCUCAGAACAGCUUCUGGAAAAGGUGCUUCACCUUCUGGAAUUUCUCUUAUACCUGUGUAUCUAAACUACAAGAUACUAAUUUUUUUAAUAAAUUUCUCUUGUAUGGGUAACAUUCUUUUGUGAUCUUUCCAAAUGUUUGAACUUUCUGAAAUACAUUAAAUAAAAUGUUCCUUCCUUCUUUCUUUAGGCUUAAUUACAGUUGAAUUCACUAUUUUUAUUAUCCUUCAGGUAUUUCAGCACAAAGAGCAAAAAAAAUGUAGUUUUCUUUUUAGCGUAGGGUUUAUUCUGUCACAGCCUAAAAUGAAUUAGAUCAUUCUUUGGAAAAAGUCUAAACAGGAAAAAAAGAAAUCACACGCUGCAAGUUUGUGGAAUCAUUAGAUUGGCUGAUGUGUUAUCCAAAAGUGAUAAAAGAGUACUUUUGGUGAUGGAAACCUUUACGCUUCUUGAGAUUUUGUAUUUGGGUCCAAAAGAUAUGGGCUUGGCUAAGUUAGAAAUGUGGGUAUGGUUUAACUUCUAAAUCAGGGAAAAUGCAAGAAAAAAAUGACAUAACUCAAAUUUUGACUCAGCCAUUAGCCACUAGUAACCAGGCUGACCCUCAUUGUGUAUACUGCCAGCCCUAAAGAUGGUUAUUUAAUAAGGUUAUUAUGAGUGAAGACAGCUAUAAAUGGUGCCAUAUUACAAAAAUGCCAAAGUAAAAUGUUUUCUUAGUAAUGUCUAUGGAAACAAAUAUUGAAGGCAGCAGCUGAGCUUAAUAAUCUCACUACAAAAGUCAUAGUAAGGAAUUUGAAGUCCUGGCUUGGGUUGCUGAAUAUUGGGUCCCAUGCAUAAGUCAUUUGACCCUUGCUGUUUUCCAUGUUCUUAUUUAUAAAAUGUGAAUAAUUUCUAUCCCUUGCUGCUUUGUGAGUUUCUACUGCCUUUGGAGAUUUAAAAAUAUGUAAUCCACAAAUGUAAGUAUUCUGACCAUUAAAAAAAAAGUUUUUAAAAAC